CAUACAUGCAAAGUAAAGGCAUACUUCCUGCCUCAAGAGCACUGUGUUCCUAACUGGAUUAAGCACCUCUCUAUCAUCAAACUAAUUCUUCCUUUGCUCCCUACCUGCCCCGUCUACCCCCCACAUGUCGUGUGCUCGUGAUGCGCAUCUUCUGUAAGACACAUAAUCCUUCAAAUGCCCUGCGUCCCGCUAUCAAUUCUCGCACUGCGCUCGCGCUUUCAAUCUCGCUUGUGAAUUUUAGCAUUGUUUAGGAUGAGUUCAAAGACGCUUUCACGCUCGCGCCUCCACUCGCAACGCCAAUUAUGCGGCUCCGUACACUACAUAUAUGUAUAGAUAUUCCUUCAUUUGACAUUAGCCAAGUGUUACAAUUGGUACUUUGAGAGAAUUCAGAAGCUGCUUUUUAUCUUUGCGUUUAGCUUUCUCUCAAUAGAGUCUAGUUUUGUUGUGAGAGAAAACAAGAGGGCGGUAGGCGCCAUAGAGAGGAGUAAUAGUAGUAAAUGGCAUCUGGACAGAACAGAGAAGAACUUGACGCCAGGGCAAGGCAAGGAGAAACUGUUUUCCCAGAUGGCAGUGGUGGCAAGAGCCUUGAAGCUCAGGAGCAUCUUGCUGAAGGGAGAAGCAGAGGAGGGCAAACCAGAAGGGACCAACUGGGGACAGAAGGGUAUCAGGAGAUGGGCCACCACGGGGGAGAGACCAGAAGAGAGCAGAUUGGAACAGAAAGGUACAAGGAAAUGGGCCGAAAAGGCGGGCUCAGCACAACGGACAAGUCCGGAGGAGAGCGGGCGGAAGAGGAAGGGAUCGAGAUUGACGAGUCCAAGUUUCGGACCAGGAAUCGGUAGCAGCAGACCAUCAUGUUCUUGCAUCUUAGAGUCGCUGUGCAGUAGCUGUCUAUUGUAGUAAUCUGUGGUAGGCGUUUUGUGUUGAGAGCAAGUGGUUUGCAGUUGUUUUGGCUGUGUUGGUGAACUCUUUUCCAUAGUAAG